CAAAGCGAGCAAAAUGGCACUGACUUGUUGUGUGAAGUCGUGUUCCAAUGGCUCUUACUGGCUAAAGAAGUGGAAAUCGCAGUUGUGCGAUGUGUGUGGUUGUUUGCAUAAGGAGAAACUGUGCUCAUGUGAACCACCAUUUAGAUUGUUCACAUUUCCAACCAAAAUCAAGAAUCCAGAGCGCAGAGAAAAAUGGAAGCAGCUUGUUGGACGCAGUGUGGGUAGUAAACUGUGGUCGCCGCCUAAGGACAGUAGGAUAUGUUCAAGACACUUCAUCGGUGGAGAGCCUACUCUGCAGAACCAACUCCCAACACUACAUAUGGGGUAUGAGGGAGCUGAGAAACGAGUGAAAAGAAUGACACUCUUCGAGGCGACAAAGCACAAACCUACUAAAAAAGCUUACGCGAAAGUGGAAUGUACCCCCCCCUCAGCAGGAAUUUUUUUUCGCAGAACCUAUUUAUGCCAGCGACCCAGAAGUUGAGUCCAUGCCGAAACCCAAGUUGACUGUGCCUUGGAUUUUCACGAUCCUUGCCCUCUUUCUUGGACUGUGUAAUCUUUUAAGCGAUCAGAAGAAGAAAAUUGCUAAACUGCAAGCAGAAGUGGAUUCACUUAAAAAAACAGUCAACCACUUGAAACACAAAGUGUACUGUGAGAACAUUAUAACCACGGAUAGUGAUACUAGUUUUUAUACUGGUAUGCCUUCAAAAGGAAUUUUUAACAAACUACAUGCUUUUAUCUCCCCUUUUGUAAAUAGAAGGUGGACUGGUCUUGUUUCAGUGUCAAAAAAUGUCAGGAAAUUUAAACUUUCUCGAUUUGGGCCGUCAUGAAAAUUAACUUCAAAAAGUGAAUUUCUAAUGAUGCUGAUGAAAUUAAGACUUGGACUUUUAAAUAAGGACUUGGCCAAGCGGUUUGACAUUUCAGAGACAUUAUGCUCACGUAUAUUCUUUUCAUGGCUACGAGCAACCAGUACGGCCUUGAAAUCCAUGGUUUAUAUUCCAGACGAGGAAUCUCUGAUUGGAUCAAAACCGCUGCGCUACCGCCAGCUGCAUGAUCUUCAUUCUAUUAUAGACUGUACAGAGAUUUUUAUAGAGACUCCCAAGGAUAUGUAUUUACAGAGUGCAACAUGGAGUGACUACAAACACCAUAAUACGUUAAAAAUACUAGUUUCAUGUGCACCGAAUAGUUCCAUUGUUUAUGUCAGCCCAGCCUACUUGGGAAGAAUCUCUGAUAAAGCUUUAACCCUUGAUUGUGGCUAUCUUGACAUGGUACCAUUUAACAAAAUGGUUAUGGCCGACAAAGGAUUCAACAUUUCCAAUGAAUGUGCAGAGAGGAAUAUAACACUGUAUGUUCCACCAGGAAAACGAGGACAUUCCCAAAUGUCAAGUGCGCAUGUUGAAAAAACAAAAAGAAUUGCAAAUCUGCGGAUCUUGAUAGAACAAGUUAUUAGACGCUUGAAGACAUUCCGGAUAUUGGCCAAUGAACUGCCUAUUUCUUUGGUUGGUCAUAUCGAUGACAUAGUAACUGUGUGUGCAGCUGUCAGUAAUUUAAAAGAGCCAAUUUAUAAGGUCUGAUUGGAUUUGACUGCAUGUGGUUUGUGUACCAAAAUGAUUGCUCCCAAACUAUGAAAAAUGUAUCUAAAAUGUUUUUUUCUUAAACAUGCUGUUGAUGUUUAUUAUGAUUAUUAAAGCUACACUCUCACAGAGCUCAGUUGCUAGGAAAAAUGCUAAAAUUUUCUAUUUUCAUAAAGGGUGAGUAUUGAGUAAGUGAAAAAACUCACAUUUUUUAACGUGGAUAUAUAUAUGAAAAACUUAUCGUUAUCCAAUAGUCUUUUUUCACUCAUUUAAAGACGAAGCAAAAAAAUGAAAAAACUGUCAAUCUGUGAGAAACCAGCUUUUAGAACUUUCACAGAAAAAGAAAAUAAAUCUUGAAAAAUG